GCCAGUCGGCUACGUGAAUGCAUCAAGUGUUUUUCCUCCACUCCCGUGAUUAUCAACCAGGGCUGCGCGUAACGAGGUUGCUGUGGCAAUAACGUUAGAAACCGUGCAAACAGAUCGCCGUCUAGAGGAAUCGAUUUUCGGAUGAAUUGCUAAUCACUCUCAAUCCUACCAUCGGCCGAGCCUAGACACGUUCUGUAGUAGUAUUCACAUUUUUCUAAUUUAAUGUAAAUUCAUAUCGCGGCUUUCGCGAAGGAACCAGACGGGCCCAAGUUAAGCUCUCUUUCAUCGUGAUAAGUGCAGUGACAUAAAAGCGAUUCAGCGGUGCAGCGGCUUUGUUCAUGUGAAAGCGUAGUAGUGUGUCUGUUGCACCACACCAUCGCCGCGUGUCGUGGCAAGAUACAAUGUCCUCGGUCGAAAAUGCAGAAAAUGGCGUAGGAAAAUACUCUUAUCAGACGGUGUACUACAUCAUAACCAACAACAACAACAACAACAGCACCGAAGAAGGCGAAUCGGAUCAGGUGGAAAAUUUGCACGCGAUUACUGCAGCGGUCGACAGUGAGCUAACGCGGAAGCGUCGGAGAAUCGAGGCAAUAAAGAUGCAGGGACAAAUUCCCGGUGCCGCUGCGGUGCAGGUCCAGGGUGGAACACCGCAAGCCGCAGCCCUAGCAGCACAGCAGCAGCAGCAACAACAAAGCAUUUCGGUAAAGAUGGACCCAGCGAAUCAGCUGUCCUCUGCUGGGUUGUUGGAGCUGGCACACCGAGAAUACCAGGCGGUCGAUUACGACAACGCCGAACGGCACUGCAUGCAGCUGUGGCGGCAGGAAAGCAACAACACGGGCGUACUGCUGCUACUGUCGUCGAUACACUUCCAGUGCAGACGGCUGGACAAAUCAGCCCAAUUCUCUACACUGGCCAUCAAGCAGAACCCGCUGCUUGCCGAAGCGUACAGCAAUCUGGGUAAUGUUUAUAAGGAGCGCGGACAGCUCCAGGAAGCCCUAGAAAACUACCGACAUGCAGUGCGUCUGAAGCCCGAUUUCAUUGACGGGUACAUCAACUUGGCCGCUGCAUUAGUUGCCGCUCGUGACAUGGAACAGGCAGUGCAAGCGUACGUCACCGCUCUGCAAUACAACCCGGAUCUGUACUGCGUGAGAAGUGAUUUGGGAAAUCUACUGAAAGCACUGGGAAGGCUUGACGAAGCGAAGGCAUGCUAUCUAAAAGCCAUCGAAACUCGACCAGACUUUGCGGUGGCCUGGAGCAAUCUUGGCUGCGUCUUCAAUGCGCAGGGUGAGAUAUGGCUGGCGAUACAUCAUUUCGAGAAGGCGGUUGCACUCGACCCGAACUUCCUCGAUGCGUACAUCAAUCUUGGCAACGUGCUGAAGGAAGCCCGCAUCUUCGACAGAGCCGUCGCUGCGUAUCUGCGAGCGCUCAAUCUGUCCCCCAACAAUGCCGUUGUGCACGGCAAUCUCGCUUGCGUGUACUACGAGCAGGGACUCAUCGAUCUGGCGAUCGAUACGUACCGCCGUGCGAUCGACCUGCAGCACAACUUCCCCGACGCGUACUGCAACCUCGCGAACGCGCUCAAGGAAAAGGGCCAGGUGAAGGAGGCGGAGGAAAGCUACAACAUUGCGCUGCGCCUCUGCCCGAACCAUGCCGAUUCGCUCAACAAUCUGGCCAACAUCAAGCGCGAGCAGGGCUACAUCGAGGAGGCGACGCGCCUGUAUCUCAAGGCGCUGGAGGUGUUUCCCGAGUUCGCGGCCGCGCACUCGAACCUGGCCUCGGUGCUGCAGCAGCAGGGGAAGCUGAACGAGGCGCUGCUCCACUACAAGGAAGCGAUCCGCAUCCAGCCCACGUUCGCCGACGCGUACUCCAACAUGGGCAACACGCUGAAGGAGAUGCAGGAUGUGGCCGGUGCGCUGCAGUGCUACACCCGCGCCAUCCAGAUCAAUCCGGCGUUCGCGGACGCGCACAGCAAUCUGGCGAGCAUUCACAAGGACUCGGGCAACAUCCCGGAGGCGAUCCAGUCGUACCGGACGGCGCUGAAGCUGAAGCCGGACUUCCCGGACGCGUACUGCAACCUGGCGCACUGUUUGCAGAUCGUGUGCGACUGGACCGACUACGAGGCGCGCAUGAAGAAGCUGGUGGCGAUCGUGGCCGAUCAGCUCGACAAGAACCGGCUACCGUCGGUCCAUCCGCACCACUCGAUGCUGUACCCGCUGUCGCACGAGUUCCGCAAGACGAUCGCGGCACGGCACGCGAACCUGUGCCUGGAGAAGAUUAACGUGCUGCACAAGCCGCCGUACAAGUUUGGCCGCGAGCUGAGCGGCCGGUUGCGCAUCGGGUACGUGAGCAGCGAUUUCGGCAACCAUCCGACGUCCCAUCUGAUGCAGUCCAUUCCUGGUCUGCACGACCGCAACCGGGUGGAGAUCUUCUGCUACGCGCUCAGCCCCGACGAUGGUACAACAUUCCGUGGCAAGAUAAGCCGUGAGGCGGAGCACUUUAUCGAUCUGUCGCAGACGCCCUGCAACGGGAAGGCGGCCGAUCGCAUCCAUGCCGACGGCAUACACAUCCUGGUGAACAUGAACGGCUACACGAAGGGAGCGCGCAACGAAAUCUUUGCCCUGCGCCCCGCACCGGUGCAGGUGAUGUGGCUCGGCUAUCCGGGCACUAGCGGCGCCUCGUUCAUGGAUUACAUCGUUACGGAUGCGGUCACAUCGCCACUGUCGCUAGAGUCACAGUACAGCGAGAAGCUGGCGUACAUGCCGCACACCUACUUCAUCGGUGACCAUCGGCAGAUGUUCCCGCACCUGAAGGAGCGGGUGAUCGUGAGCAACAAAGCGAACAACUCGCUCGCUGACAAUGUGGCCGUAAUCAAUGCGACCGAUCUUUCUCCGCUGGUCGAAAGCACCGACGUGAAGACGGUGCGGGAGGUCGUGCUCGCGAACAAGCCGGUCGAGAUCCAGCACAAGGUGGCCGAGCUGCCGACGACUACGCCGAUCGAGACGAUGAUCGCCUCCGGCCAGGUGCAAACCUCGCUGAACGGUGUGGUGGUACAGAACGGACUAGCGACGACCCAGACGAACAACAAAGCGGCCACCGGGGAGGAAGUGCCGCAGAACAUUGUCGUCACGACGAGGCAGCAGUACGGCCUGCCGGACGACGCGAUCGUGUACUGCAACUUCAACCAGCUGUACAAGAUCGAUCCACUGACGCUGCAGUCCUGGGUGACGAUUUUGAAGCACGUGCCCAACUCGGUGCUGUGGCUGCUUCGCUUCCCGGCCGUCGGUGAGGCCAACAUUCAGGCCACCGCCCAGCAGAUGGGCAUCCCGGCCGGGCGCAUCAUCUUCUCGAACGUGGCCGCCAAGGAGGAGCACGUGCGACGGGGUCAGCUGGCGGACGUCUGCUUGGAUACGCCGCUCUGCAACGGACACACCACCUCGAUGGAUGUGCUCUGGACCGGAACGCCGGUCGUAACGCUGCCGGCAGAAACGCUAGCGUCCAGAGUUGCCGCAUCGCAGCUGGCAACGCUGGGCUGCCCAGAACUGAUCGCCAAAUCGCGGCAAGAGUAUCAGGACAUCGCGAUCAAACUCGGUACCGACCGGGAGUACCUAAAGGCGAUGCGUGCCAAGGUGUGGGUAGCCCGCUGCGAAAGUCCGCUGUUCGACUGCAAGCAGUACGCGCAGGGACUGGAAAUGCUGUUCUACAAGAUGUGGGAACGGUUUGCGCGCGGCGAACGACCCGAUCACAUUUCCGCGAAGGACAAGUAAAUUCGCUGGCGUAGUAGUGGUGUAGGGGAAGUCCUUCACUUGGGUGAACUAUGAGGAUUUUCUCUUCCUUCUUGGAGCGUAAUUUUGAAGCAUUUUCACUCUCUUCGGUGUGAAAGAUUGAAAACAGGCAGAGGUGUGGUGUAUUUCAGUUUGAGAAUGAGUGUUAGAAGCUAGCUGGAAUGGAUUUUGUUGUUUAUUUUUUAAGAUUUUCCUACUUUAGGGAUGGGUGGGUGUGUGGGAGCUGCUGCUAUGACAGGCUUUAUUUUCCUUUCUUCUAAUUUUCCAACAUAUAUCGGUAUGAUUGAUUUUCUGAACACGGGAUACAUAAUGGCAACAUAUUUUAUUAGGAUGACAGAAAAAGAACUAGAAGAACAACAAUAAUAUUACACUUUCCAAAAUGAUUCAAACACAUGCGCGUACGCACGCCAGGAUUGUCGAAGCUCUGUUACUUAAA